ACCACAUCGAGUUCUCACAGCACAUGCAAAGAUCACCCUCCUGAUCCUAAUGGAGCUCCAUUUCCAGCAGCCACCACAAAGCCAUCCCCAGCAGCAGUACAGCAGCUACCAACAACCGCCAGCCACCACAAAGGAAACCAAGCCAAGAACGAGAACCAAGUGCGGCAGCGGCGGCGGCGGUGGCGGUGGCAGCGGCAGCAAGUUUGUGGGCGUCCGGCAGAGGCCAUCGGGGAGGUGGGUGGCCGAGAUCAAGGACACCACCCAGAAGAUCCGGAUGUGGCUCGGCACGUUCGAGACCGCCGAGGAGGCUGCCCGGGCCUACGACGAGGCCGCCUGUCUCCUCCGAGGUGCCAACACGCGCACCAACUUCGCUGCCGCCGGCGCGCACGCCUCGCCGCCGGACUCACCGCUCGCGGCGAGGAUCCGUGGCAUCCUCAACCACAAGAGGAUGAAGAAGAACGCGUCCCAGCAGCACACCGUCAACUUCUUCCCCGCUGGGGCGUACCAUCGUGCUGCAGGAGCCGCCGCCACCGCAGCCAGCACCACUAGCACCAGCACCAUCACCACGACCACCAGUAGCGUCAGUCCAAGUAGCAGCCCUAGCUCCAGCAUCGUCAGCUUCGCCAUGAGCAGCCAUGGCGUCCGCACUCCCAUCCUCCCAGCUGCUCAAAGCAUAGCUGAGGAAGCUUACAGGCCGUACUUGGUCAGUGGAGGAGGCGAGGAGUUCCAGCUAGCCACACGACAGUAUGAACAACAAUGGGCCCUCAACAACACCAGCAUACCACCUUCGGAUGGAUGCGACAUGGCUAAUGAGAAUGCUUGCUUGGUGGUCGCAGAGGCGGACAAGGUUAAGCUGGAGAAGAAGAGCUCUGCGUCACACCAUGGCGGCAUGGACAGAGUUCAGGACAAGGAUGUGUUUGAGGCGGGAAACGAUGCAUCUGACUCCUUGUGGGAUCUGCCACCUAUCUGCCCACUUUCUUGCAGGUCUUUGAUGUAUUAGACUAGUUAUAAAAGGUUUUGCACCUGUUGUCUCGGUGCUCCUUUUUUUUGGAUCCAUUUUCUGCUCCUAGGAGCCAAUUCCGUACAAAAGAGUGUAUGAGGAAUGAUGGCCAGCAAGCAGAGUAAUGUGACGGAUAUGUCUUUCGUCUAGAUAACUGGCUUUUAAAGAGUUGCACUUGUUUUUCUUCU